UUUGAUAUAUUCAUUUUGCUGGCCAUCUUUGCAAAUUGUGUCGCCCUUGGUGUGUCCAAACCAUUUCCUGAAGAUGAUUCAAAUGCCACCAACCACAAUCUGGAACAAGUGGAGUAUGUGUUCCUGGUGAUUUUCACCAUAGAAACAUUCACAAAGAUUCUAGCCUACGGCCUGGUCAUGCACCCCAGCGCUUACAUCCGCAGCGGGUGGAACUUGCUGGAUUUUGUCAUUGUCAUUGUCGGUCUAUUCAGUGUGAUAGCCGAAAUGGGAGAUCACAAACCAGGAGAGGCCCAUCACGGUGCAGGUAAACCAGGUGGUCUGGAUGUCAAAGCUCUGAGAGCUUUCAGAGUACUACGGCCUCUACGCCUGGUGUCCGGUGUGCCAAGUCUGCAGAUCGUGUUGAACUCUAUCAUGAAGGCUAUGGUUCCUCUGUUCCACAUUGGACUGCUGGUCAUGUUUGUCAUUAUCAUUUAUGCCAUCAUUGGAUUGGAGCUCUUUAUCGGGAGGAUGCACAAGACCUGCUAUUAUGUUGGGACAGAACUAAUGUUGGAUGAUGACCCAACACCGUGUGCUUUUGCGGGUAACGGGCGAUUCUGUGUGGGGAAUAACACAGUGUGCCAGGGAGGAUGGGAGGGGCCUAACGGAGGCAUCACCAACUUUGACAACAUCUUCUUCGCCAUGCUCACUGUGUUCCAGUGCAUUACUAUGGAGGGCUGGACAGAUGUGCUCUACUGGAUGAAUGAUGCCAUUGGUUUUGAGCUGCCUUGGGUUUAUUUUGUGUCUCUGGUCAUUUUUGGGUCCUUCUUUGUCCUCAAUCUUGUGUUGGGUGUCUUAAGCGGUGAGUUCUCUAAAGAAAGAGAAAAGGCGGUGUGCCGUGGUGAGCUGCAGUUAGCCCAGGAGAAACAGCAGAUGGAGGAGGACAUGAUCGGCUAUAUGGACUGGCUCAUUGAAGCAGAAGACAUGGACGAGGAUGGAAAUAAACGUGCUGUGGUGGCCAAGAAAAAGAUGAUGAAGAAAUAUGGCUGGUAUAAGCACAGUGAAGAUGGAGAAUCAGAUUCAGACUCGGAGUUUGAAGCCUUUUUGGAUGAUGACAAUGGCUGCUGUGCGUCCAUAAUGGCACGGCUGAUGGCUAUAAGUUUCUGCGAGCAGCUGUACCACUUGAAUCUGGUCAUCAGGAAGAACUGCCGCGUUGCCGUCAAAUCCAGCAAUUUCUAUUGGCUGGUCCUGCUGCUUGUGUUCCUCAACACUGCCGCCAGCGCUUCUGAACACUACGACCAGCCUCAGUGGCUCACUGACAUACAGGAACGAGCAAAUAAGAUCUUACUGGCUCUCUUCACGCUGGAGAUGCUAAUGAAGAUAUACAGCUUUGGCUUUCAGAUCUACUUUAUGGCACUCUUCAACCGUUUCGACUGCUUUGUGGUGUGCGGUGGGAUUCUAGAGACGGUAUUGGUGGAGAUGGAGGUUAUCCCGCCCAUUGGGAUCUCAGUGCUGCGCUGCGUUCGGCUGCUCCGGAUUUUCAAAGUCACACGACACUGGGCUGCUCUCUCAGACCUGGUGGGCUCUUUGCUGAACUCUAUGAAGGCCAUCUGUUCCCUAUUGCUUCUGCUCUUUCUCUUCCUCAUCAUCUUCGCUCUGCUGGGCAUGCAGCUGUUCGGCGGGAAGUUUAAUUUUGACGAGACCCAAAUGAAAAGAAGCACCUUUGACACUUUUCCAUCUGCUCUACUCACCUGUUUCCAGAUUCUAACAGGAGAGGACUGGAACUCUGUCAUGUACGAUGGCAUUAUGGCAUACGGUGGACCUGUGUUUCCCAAUAUGAUCGUCUGUAUUUACUUUGUCAUUCUUUUCGUCUGUGGUAACUACAUCUUGCUGAAUGUCUUCUUGGCUAUUGCUGUGGAUAACUUAGCCGGAGAUGGUGGAAAAAAGAAAAAAGAAGAGAAAAAAGACGAAGAGGAGGAAUGGGAAGAUGAUGAAGAACGAGAGGAAGAUGACGCUGGAAAUGAAGGGGAUGAUUGGGAGGAGAAUGAAGAAUUGAGAGCAAUUGAAGGGCUUGAGGGUAUAGGCACACCCAUGAAAGUCGAAAGUUUUCAACCCAAGGAGAAAAUCGUUCCUAUUCCUGACGGAAGUUCCUUCUUCAUCCUUGGAAAGAAAAACUGUCUCAGAGUCGCCUGCCAUAACCUCAUUCAUCACCAUUACUUCACCAACAUCAUCCUCGUCUUCAUCAUAUUUAGUAGUUUUUCAUUGGCUGCUGAAGAUCCAAUCAAAACUCACUCAGUCAGGAACAUUAUGCUGGGUUAUGCUGAUUAUGUCUUUACCACUGUCUUCACUAUUGAGAUCAUGUUGAAGAUGACAGUGUAUGGAGCGUUUCUUCAUCAAGGUUCCUUCUGCAGGAACGCCUUUAACCUUCUGGACCUUCUGGUUGUCAGCGUCUCUCUUACUUCCUUCUUCUUGCAGUGAGUAUUCUUUCAUCACCCCACUUGAUUUAUCUAUCCGUCAUUUGUUUAUUUAUCAUUUGCUCUCAUUUUAUUACUCAGUUCGAGUGCCAUUUCGGUGGUGAAGAUUCUGAGAGUGCUGAGGGUUCUCAGGCCUCUUCGAGCUAUCAACAGGGCAAAAGGUCUUAAGAGCGUGAUUCAGUGUGUGUUUGUGGCCAUCCGCACCAUCGGCAACAUCCUCAUCGUCACCACUCUCCUGCAGUUCAUGUUCGCCUGCAUCGGUGUGCAGCUGUUCAAGGGCCGGUUCUACAGAUGCACCGAUGAGGCAAAACACACACCUUAUGAGUGCAAGGGCACGUUUGUGGUGUUUAAGGAUGGUGAUAUGAACCAUCCAAUGGUCAGAGAGAGAGUUUGGGAGAACAGUGACUUUAAUUUUGACAACGUGCUGAUGGGCAUGCUUGCUCUCUUCACCGUCUCUACUUUUGAAGGCUGGCCACAACUUUUGUACAAAUCCAUUGACGCUAAUGCCAUAAACAGAGGGCCCAUCUACAACUACCGUGUAGAGAUUUCCAUCUUCUUUAUCAUCUACAUCAUCAUCAUCGCCUUCUUCAUGAUGAACAUCUUUGUGGGUUUUGUCAUCAUCACUUUUCGUGAACAAGGAGAGGCCGAGUUCAAAAACUGUGAACUAAACAAAAACCAGAGGCAGUGUGUGUAUUACGCAUUAAAAGCUCAACCAAUAAAGAUUUACAUACCCAAAAACCCUUCUCAGCUCAAAUUCUGGAAGAUCAUCAAUUCAUCUCAGUUUGAGUACAUCAUGUUUGUGCUCAUUCUGCUAAACACGCUCACACUGGCAGUGCAGCACUAUGAGCAGUCAAAGCUCUUUAACUUCGUGAUGGACAUCCUGAACAUGAUCUUCACCACGCUCUUCACCAUCGAGAUGAUCAUCAAACUUCUCGCUCUGAGACCUUACCACUACUUUAUAGAUGCCUGGAACUCUUUUGAUGCAAUGAUAGUGGUGGGAAGUUUGGUGGACAUCAUGAUCGCUGAGCUCAGUGGUGGAGGAGGACAUGGUGAGGGGAAAGAAGGAGAGGGCGCCAAAGUGUCCAUCACUUUUUUCCGUCUUUUCCGAGUGAUGCGACUGGUGAAGCUGCUCAGUAAAGGUGAGGGCAUUCGAACCCUCCUUUGGACAUUCAUCAAAUCUCUACAGGCUUUGCCAUACGUCGGUCUGCUCAUUGCUAUGAUCUUCUUCAUUUAUGGUGUCAUUGGGAUGCAGACAUUUGGGAAGAUAGCCAUAGAUGACAACACUGAGCUCAAUCGGAACAACAACUUCCAAACCUUUUUCAUGGCUGUGCUGCUGCUCUUCAGAUGUGCAACAGGGGAGCAAUGGCAGGAGAUCAUGCUGGCGGCGUUGCCGGGUCGCCGGUGCGACCCCGAGUCUGACUUUGAGCCGGGAGAAGAGUACAGCUGUGGCAGCAACCUGGCAUACCUCUAUUUCAUCAGUUUCUUUGCGCUCUGUGCUUUCUUGAUCAUUAACUUGUUCAUCGCUGUUAUCAUGGAUAACUUUGAGUAUCUGACCAGAGACUGGACCGUGCUGGGCACACAUCACCUGGAUGAGUUUAAAAGAGUCUGGUCGGAUUAUGACCCAGAGGCCACGGGAAGGAUUAAACAUCUAGAUGUAGUCACUAUGUUACGCAGAAUUCAGCCCCCGCUUGGCUUUGGAAAACUCUGUCCUCAUCGGGUAGCCUGUAGGAGGCUGGUCUCUAUGAACGUGCCUCUUUAUCCCGACGGCACUGUGACUUUUAACGCCACCUUGUUUGCUCUCGUCAGAACUUCACUCAAGAUUAAAACUGAUGGACCCAUCGACCAGCAGAAUGAGGAGCUCAGAGCCAUUAUUAAGAAGAUCUGGAAACGCACUAAACCCAAACUACUGGAAGAAGUUAUACCUCCCCCUUCAGGGAAUGAGGUGACUGCCGGAAAAUUCUAUGCCAGUUUCCUGAUUCAAGAUUACUUUAAAAAGUUCCGUAAGCGAAAGGAGAAAGAGAGAAAGAAGAAAGGCAAAGACAAGUCAGCUUCUCUUCAGGCUGGGUUACGGACACUACAGGAUUUGGCCCCAGAGAUGCGUCUGACCAUGGCAAUGGAGGAAGAGGAAGGGCUGGAGGGGGAGAUGACGGAGGAGGAGGAGUUCUUCAGGAGUGACAGCGUCUUCAGCGACACUCCUCCCACACCGACCAUGUCCACGCCCAGAGGCACCCCUCUGCCCCCCCAUCUGGACGAGACCACAGUGAGCGUUGAGAUUCAUCCUAAAACAGCCAGCGGGGACUUUACUCUGGAGGAGGCCCUGGUAGACUCCCGUCCCGUCUCAGCGAUGUCACACGAUGAUGUGAUAGUUGAACAGCCUCAGAGGUUAUCUCCCCUGCCCAACAGGAAUGAGACAGCUACUAACUAUAUUCCUCCUCCAUCUCCGGAUGGAGGGAUGUUAAAUGGAGUGGGAGGAGUUACAGGAGGAGGCGGACCCAAGGGAGGAGGGGAUGGUGGGGAGACGGCACAUGCUGGACAGCUAAGCAUCAAGCAGGACAUGAGUGCUACAUUAUAUGAAAGUGAGUGGCAUCCUGUGGUUCCUCCAGCACGUACUCUUAAUGGCACCAGUGCAAGUGUUUCCCCUGUACAGCCGAAUAAUAUCAACAACAAUAACUACCAAGAUGCCGGUGGCUAUAAUGGAAAUGGUUACUCUGGUAAUGGUUACAAUGGGAGUGGUGUUAAUGGGACCGGUUAUCCUAGCAACCAUUACUCAAAUGGUUACAGCAGCAAUGGAUACAGUGCUAAUGGAUACAACAGCAAUGAAUACAACAGGAAUGGUUUUGCAGCACGGCGACGCAUGCUUCCACCGACUCCUUUAGGCCGAAGGCCAAACUUUAACAUACAGUGUUUAAGGAGGCAAGGCAGUAAUGAGGAUCUUCCCAUCCCAGGCACCUACCACCAAAACUCGCCACCCUGCAGAGGACCCACACAGACACACAGCAAUUAUGACUCACGACGAAGCAGCAUUUCAUCGGUGGUGUCUUCAGCCUCCUGGGCCAACAACCAGCCCAGGCGGGGUCGUCUCCUGUAUACCCCCCUUAUUCUGGUGGACGAGACGGGGGGCACUAUGUUGGGCGACACCAAUGGAAGUGCCACCCUGCCAGCGUUGGCCCGCCCUGGGUGGCUUUCGAGUGGAUCAGCAGGCGUGGCCCAGCAGAAUCGGGCGUACACUACACUCAGAGUUCCUCAACAACACAGUCUGGGCUACAUGGAGAGAGGAAGUGCAGAUAGCCUUGUAGAGUCGAUCCUUAUAUCCGAAGGUUUGGGUCUCUAUGCCAAAGACCCCAAAUUUGUUGACUUUGCAAAACGUGAAAUCGCGGAUGCCUGUCACAUGACCAUUGAUGAAAUGGAAAGCGCUGCAGCUGACCUGCUGACUCGAGGAGAGACAGGGCAGCCAAUCAGACGCUUGGAGGAGGAUCUGUCUGAUGAGAUGAACUGUGUUAUUUCUAACUUUAUGACUUGACUCAAUAUUUUCUGAAUUGGGCAAGUUUUGAAAAAUGUAAUAAAAUUGUCAGUGUUUUUGCGCUGACAGUAUUGUUAUGCAUGACAACUUCAAUUCAUACACAUAUUCAUCAUUAUAGUUUCACAUCUGUUUGAUGUAAUAAUAUAUUAUGGUUUAUUUAUAUUUAUAUUGUUUACUUACCACAAGGCAAAUUAGGGUUGAUGGAGGACUAAAUUCCUGCAUUGUAUUCAGAAGCAACAGUAGCGCAAAAGCGUGGAGAUUGAAAAACUCGAACAUAAAAAGCAACAAAUAAUAGUUGAGCCAAAUCUAUGGGAGUAUGCUGGUGUGUUUUGUGUUGGAGGCCUACAUCUUAGUUUAGCUUAAGUUGCUUUGUCUUAGCCUUGCAGUUGUUCGAUUUUUGUAAAUGCAUGUAGUUUCUCUUAGACAUUUACAGAGACUUAAAAGAAGCAUAACUUGAAACCAGUGGCCAUACAGUAUUAUAAAAACACAUAUUAUGAAACACAUCCUGGUAUGAAUGUAUGUCCUUUACACCCGGAGUUGAUAACUAGUAUUUGUAUUUUUCUGACGCAUGUACUUUGUAUUUGGUGUCUAUGCAACUCUAUGCCAUAUAGCGUUAAAAGCAACCUAAAUUGCUGACAUGGUACCAACACUGGGUAAGAUGUGAUAAAAUAUAUAUUUUUAUGUCUG